UUUUCAUGUGGUCUACUUAUUGAUCUGAUUUGAGAUCCUGACGGAAAUAUUUUCCUAAAAAAUAAUUUCUGAAUUAUUCCUUUAAAAGUUAUGUAUAAAUGCUAUAUCAUUUGAUAUUUACAUUUUGCUGGACAUGUAGCUCAUAAAAAUGAGGUAACAUACGGAUGGAAGCUCAGGUAGUUCUUCUAAAAUUCAACGUACUUGAAAAACUUAAUGAAUAGGACAAUCUUAUCAAAUACUCCCUCCGUCCCAUUGGACUUUGCCAAUUUUCCUUUUUUGGUUGUCCCAAAAAACUUUGCCACUUUCCUAAUAAAGCAACUAAUUUGUGGUUCUGUAUAUUUCUCUCUCCUCCGCACAAAUCUCAACCACGCAGUUUUUACUAUUCUUAUUUCUCACCUAUUUUGCACUUGGCAAAGUCCACCGGGACGGAGGUAGUAUGUUUCUCCAUCCAAACUGCCCCUUACUUAAAAAAUCGCAUAAAAAGUUAAUGAGUACAGAGUAAUAGGCAUUUAACCAUGAAUAAUAUCAUCCCAGAAUUGUAUUCUCAGAAAUUAUCAUAUUGUCUAACAUCAUAUCCUGCCAUACUCCAACUGCUGCAAUGAAUUUGAGUGCCGCCUUCCUUCUCCCACUAGUAGUAUAUGUGUACUCAUAACUAGUAGUUUUGUGUGAUGUACCUAUAUAUUUUCUUAAAUGUUAAUAACUUCCUUACUGCAAUCACCCAAAUGGGUUGAACGUAUGCCAUUAAAUUCCUUAAUACGAUCUAAGUGUGGGGUCUCCCACCCCAUUGCGGUGUCAAAUCUAAAAUUUUCCCAAAUUGCAACAAUGGGAGGUAUUAGCGCAUAAUGAUCCAUUGAAACCUACAAUACAAAUAUAAAUCGCCAAUAUGUAAUAUUAUUUAAAUUAAUACAUUCAAUAGACAAUACCAAAAUGUGCAUUACAAAUAUUAGGAUAUAAAGUAAUAAGUAAUGUAAGUACUUGAACAAAGUGAUUGCCAUUUACAAAUCCCAACACUAAUACCUUAUGGUUAAUAGAAUUAUUAGAGACUUAGUAUUGUACUUUACAUCAAACUCUCUUUAAUAUAAAUAUAUCUGUCAGGGCUCCUUAGGGAGCAAUCUUUCCCAUUGUUCUCACAUGGUAUCAAGAACUAUUUAAAUUUUUUCUCUCUCCCUACACGAUCGGCGCCGUGAGCUAACGUAGAGCCGCCGCCCGCACCGCCGCGCACAAACUCUAGCGCCGCCGCAAAUUUCUUCUCCAGCGCUAUGACGACGGCAGCUUCUCCAGCAAUCAGCACGGCUUCAUCCUCGGCCCAGCAUCUCUCCCCUGCCGUGGCCACCGUGCCACCAUCAACCGGUGUUCCCCCUACCUCCUUCUCUACCGGUGUGACAUUCUCCUCCAACUAUGCAUCACCGAGUCGGACCUCUUUGCCAUAUUCUUUGUUUCCGAAUAUUCCACAGAUGUUUCCAUGGUCGGCUCCGGUUCCUGUGCAGCCCAUACCUCUGGAACCGCACCCUUCUCGGCUGGAUCAUCGUUUGUCGGUCCCACUUUUGUCGGCUCACCUAGUGUCUCCUCUGUCAUCCCUCCCUCUCGCACACCAACAGCCAGCCCGGCCGGUUCACUCCUCACAGAUCUCGCCCAAAGUAUCUCUCAUGUGGCAACUAAUGUCACAAAUAUUGUGACUACCAAAUUAUUAGCGGUGGAAGACUACACUACCUAGCGCACACAGUUCGAAUCGUUUUUGGUGUCCCAAGCUCUCCUUGGCAUGGUUGAUGGCUCCAUUCAGGUACCACCUAUUUAUUCCAUAGAUGCUCUUAACCGUCAAAUUCCCAAUCCGGAAUUUUCCACUUGGUUGCGAAUUGAUCAAACAAUUCGUUCUUGGUUAUUUGCAACUUUGUCUCGGGGUGUUCUUAUUGAUGUUCGUGAUUUAAAACAUUCCUAUGAAAUUUGGGAACAGUUGGAGUCUCGAUUUAUGCCUGCCAGUUUAGCCCGAUCUAUGGAAUUAAAACGGUUAUUUAAUCAAAUUAAAAAGAAACCUGAUUAGUCAAUGGAUCACUAUCUGCGUGAAAUUAAAAUAAUAGCUGAUGAUCUUGCCACAAUCAAUUGUUCAAUGCCUCCUCGUGAAAUUUUAAAGACUACUAUUAUGGGACUGGGACCUGAGUAUGAAUCUUUAUUCACCGUUGUGUCAUUAUUUGGACAAAAUUUCCCGUUUGAAACUCUUCGUAAUCAUCUGCUUGAGUUAGAGCAGCGGGUUAUUUAUCUACGCUCCCAGGAAUCCUCGUCCAUUCAUCAGGCUUUCGACGCUGCUAUAGCUUCCCCAGGACAGCCCACUGCUCAGCAAGCGGGCCAGCAGCAUUCCGGCACACACUACCCGGUCGGGCAGUCUCAGCACCCGGUCGGGCAACAGAUGCAGAACAGGUCUCAGCAGCGCGGUGGCAGGGGCCGUGGCAGAGGGCAGUAUCCGGUCCAGUAUGGUCAGCAGCCAGCAUACUGGUAUCCUCAGGGGCAGUCAACAUAUCACCCUGGAGGGGUGGUCCACAUGCAUGGGGUGUGACAUCUACGGAUGGGGGUAUUCUUGGGUCUGUUCCCCAUCCUGUUGUCUGUCAAAUUUGCUUUUCUGCAGGUCAUUCUGCCAUCAAUUGUCCAUCUCGUUUCACACAACUGUCCACCCCUGCUCUGUUGACUACUCCUGGUGACACUACUCCUGCUCUAUGGUUUCCUGAUUCAGGAGCCUCUGCUCAUAUGACUGCAUCUGAAGGUAUUUUAGUUAAUAAAUCUCCUUACAUGGGCUAUAAUUCUGUUAGUGUUGCCAAUGGUGCUCAUCUUCCCAUAAGUACUGUUGGUGAUGUUGCUUUAUCUACGUCUGGUCGUUCUCUCACUUUUAAAUCUGUUUAUCAUGUGCCUCAGUUAAAAUAUAAUUUAAUUUCAAUUAAAAGGCUCUGCGCUGAUAAUAAUUGUACUUUAAUUUUUGAUAAAAAUUCUUUUUUGAUUAAGGACAAAGCAACGGGUGCAGUGCUUCUGCGAGCUACCAGUAGUGGGCCACUUUAUCCUAUCCAUCUGCCGCCAUCAUCCCCAUUAGUUUUUGCUUCCGUUUUAGCUUCUGGCCCUGUGUGGCACCGUAGAUUAGGUCACUGCGAUGAUAGUAUUUUACAGUUUCUUAAAAAAACAAUUUUUAUGUAGUCAUACUCCCUUUACUCAUGAGUGUGUGACUUGUCGUUUAGGAAAAUCACAAUGUUUGCCUUUUAUGGAUGCUAGACAUAAUUUUGUUUUUCCUCUGGAAAUUAUUCAUUCUGAUGUGUGGCAAUCACCUGUGUAUUCAAAUUUUGGAUUCAAGUAUUAUGUGUGUUUCAUUGAU